CAAGUAGGUAUUUCCGUAACAACAAAAAUGGGUAUAUUUCAAAGUUGUUUGCGAAAGAAUAACAAAGUCAGCGUUGCCCCGUGUAUGGACGAGGAGGACGCGGCCUACGAACAGAUACAGAAAGUCAACAUGGAACAGGCAUAUGAGGAAACUCGGAUGAAAACCAUCGCAGACAUGUUCUGUGUUACAUCUGCCAAAGACUGUAGAGAUGAUGAUGGCGGUCAUCAUGGCGUUAUUAAUUCCAGUGAGGAGAAGGCAGAUCCUCAGAAUAGCUUUAAAUCCAGUGUUCCAAAGCUACCCCGGAUUGACGAACAUAUUUGGCGAAUCAGGAUUUUGGACGACGAUGCUGUAUAUCAAAAAUGGAAAGAAAGGGUUCACAACAAUCUCAAAGAGAAGGGUCUGUGGAAAGAAGAUAAAUUGUCUCCCUUAAGACAGAGACAACGGGAAAGAAGACUGACCAUGGAGGCAAAGUGAAGAGAGGGGCCCGGAAAUAAAGGCUCAUAACGGAAGAAAAUUGAUUGUAAAACAAGAAAUGCAUACAAUUGUCGAACUGAUUGAAGUCAUUUUCAUUAGCUGAAAUAUGUGAUAAUCAAUGCACAUUUUGUAUGUAAAAAUGAGGGUUUAUUACCAAAAUUCUCAAUUAAGUUUUUGUUUUAACGUAGUUCUUUCUUACCAUUACAUGUAACAGUUUGUUGAUUGCAAAAAUGAAGGUCGUGUAUUUUUGUAUAAAUAAUUUUUUAAACAUUUUUAUAAAAUUAAGUUUAACACUUCAAAAUGUGCAAUUCAUUCCCGUGAUCCUCCUGA